AUGACAACUAUAAUUACUCGGGAACCGGUGCAAACUCUUAGGAUGCCAUCGGUGCAGCGGCCCACGCGACGACGAAGUGCUGAACAAGCGUUUGAAGAGGGGGAUGGAUCGGGAGCGGCUGCGAAGCGGAGCAAAAUGGACGCCAGCGAGUUGCCCACGACGUCAGGGAAGCCGGCUGGAAACAGGGUGACUGGCGCAUCAAAGAAACCAAAGAUAGCCUACGAUGAGAAUGACCAUGGCUUUCAAUUCUCUCGAACAAGAUCAAAAAAUGCACCACCCCAAGCAAAGCAGCCAGAUCCGCCAAAACAGCAAGAAACUCCACCGGGCGAAGAAGCGGCGACAGACAAGCCAAAGCGGAAGAAAUACUCGUUCUCUACGCCGGUCCCCAAGAAGAAAACGCAGGAAACUGUUCCCAAGCGACGAUCAGCUCGACUAUCUGGCGACAAAGCGGAAGUGGAUGAGCACGAGUACGUUCCGGAGCCGGAGAAGUCACGUCGGCAAAAACCCCGGAGGAAUGAACGGCAUCAAGAACCAGAACACGUGGUGGCGGCCUCUGAGACGGACAAGACUCAGAAGCGCGAUGCUACGAAGAUUGCACUGCCGUUCGCAGAUACUCCAGUUAUCAAGCGCAAUAAGGAGAUGCGGAAAGGCGGUGGGCAAAAUCACAGGAGAAGUAGCGCUGGGACGCGCGGUCGACGAGCAAGCUCGUUGAUAGAGAGUGGCACUUCAAAUGGUAAUAUAUCCUCUUGGGUAUUGGCGGCUGUCAUCGAACCAGCGUCUAGACAAGUCUGCGACCUGUCUGUCGAGGAAAGAUCAAAGCUGGUUACCCAACUUUGUUCGUCAAUGGAUUAUACUGACGUGGAACUCUAUCUAGCUGUACCACACGCCGACGUCGAGAUCCUCGAGUUCUACAAACACAUCGACCAGAACAUCCUAGAGCCAAAACGGAUGCUCCAACUUUUGACGUGGUGUGGAGCACGAGCUAUACCAGAGAAACCCAACGGCAAUGGCGAUGCCAACGCUGUCCUAGCGCUCGAAGCUGCACGUCACAUCCAGGCCGAGCUGCUGAAAGACUUCGCGAACAAUCCGGAAAUAUCGGAUUGGUUUAGUAGGGAAGAGAUCGCGCCGGCAGUAGUAGUUAAAAAACCAAAUCCGCGCAAUGCUCAGAUGGUUGAAAAGCUGAAAGAGCUCGAGCAAGAUAUUGAAAGGCUCCAAGCGGAGAAGAAAUCAUGGGAAACCCUUUCCUCCGUGCUCCCCCCGAUCCCGGCCUUCGACCCCUCCACAUCGACUCCCCCCUCCCCCAUCCACCCCGACCUCCUCGACGACCCGGAACAAUCCACCAUCUUCAACUCCAUCCUCCACCCACCCCUUCUACUACCUACCCCCCAACCACCCCCCUCCAACGACCAGCCCCCCCGCGCCCCAUCACCGCAUCCCCAAACCGCGAAAGCAGCCCUCGAAUCCCGCCUCCAGCCUCUCCUCGACUCCCUCGAACCCUCCAUCGACACCCUCGCCGACGGCGUCCACCGCAUCGAGCAGUACCGCCUCGCCGCCGAACGCAUGGCCGACCGCGUGCUCGGCACGGCGGCGGAGUUCUUGGAGGCGCGGGAUCGGAACGGCAGGGCGGCGGCCGGGGGGAAGGAGGAUGUGGGCGAGGUGCUAGGCGCGCUGGCGGGACUGUUGGCGCAGCGGGGCGGGGGGUGA